GCCGCUCCCGGGUCCCCGCCCCGUCCGGCGCGCAGGGCUCUGGGUGUGGUCGCCGUCUUGUGUUAGCGGAGCCUACUAGCGGUUCGCGACCCGCAGCCGGGCGCACAGCAGCAGCGCGGUGGUGGCGGCCAGGCUCCAGUUCAAGUUCGCUUAUUGGCGAGGGACCAAAGUGUCUUAGACACUGAUACUGCAGUGAAGAACAAAGCAACAGCCUGCCUCAGCUCUUCACUUGAGACUCCGGAGGGAAGCAGCCACACAGGAUGAGUGAGCUGGAGCAGCUGAGGCAGGAGGCUGAACAGCUCCGGAAUCAGAUCCAGGAUGCUCGGAAGGCCUGCAACGAUGCCACACUGGUUCAGAUCACGUCUAAUAUGGACUCCGUGGGCCGAAUACAAAUGCGAACAAGGCGCACGCUGCGCGGCCACCUCGCCAAGAUCUACGCCAUGCACUGGGGAUACGAUUCCAGGCUACUAGUCAGUGCUUCCCAAGAUGGAAAAUUAAUUAUUUGGGAUAGCUAUACAACAAAUAAGAUGCACGCCAUCCCGCUGAGGUCCUCCUGGGUCAUGACCUGUGCCUAUGCCCCGUCUGGGAACUACGUAGCCUGUGGAGGCUUGGACAACAUCUGCUCCAUAUACAACCUGAAGACUCGUGAGGGGAACGUGAGAGUGAGCCGGGAGCUGCCAGGGCACACAGGCUACUUGUCCUGCUGCCGAUUCUUAGAUGACGGACAAAUCAUUACAAGUUCUGGAGACACGACUUGUGCUUUGUGGGACAUCGAGACCGGACAGCAGACGACCACCUUCACAGGACACUCGGGGGACGUGAUGAGCCUCUCACUGAGUCCUGACUUGAAGACCUUUGUUUCUGGUGCUUGCGAUGCAUCUUCAAAACUGUGGGAUAUCCGAGACGGGAUGUGUAGACAGUCUUUCACAGGACACAUCUCAGACAUCAAUGCUGUCAGCUUCUUCCCGAGUGGAUAUGCCUUUGCCACUGGUUCUGAUGACGCCACCUGCCGACUCUUUGACCUCCGUGCAGACCAGGAGCUCCUGCUGUAUUCCCAUGACAAUAUCAUCUGUGGCAUCACUUCUGUGGCCUUCUCAAAGAGCGGGCGCCUCCUGCUAGCCGGCUAUGACGACUUCAACUGCAGUGUGUGGGACGCUCUGAAAGGAGGUCGGGCAGGUGUCCUUGCUGGUCAUGACAACCGUGUUAGCUGCUUAGGUGUGACUGAUGACGGCAUGGCUGUGGCCACUGGCUCCUGGGACAGUUUUCUCAGAAUCUGGAAUUGAGUGCUGUAUUUUCUGUUCUCCAAUGAUAUUUGGAGAAAUCCGUGCUACAGCCAUAGCUGUGAGGAAAAAACCCCUCUACCUUCUAUUUGCAGAUGAAGUUCUUCUAUUGAGGUGACUAUAUAUAUAUAAAAAGCCACUUUCAAUAAACUGUAGUUUAUUGAAACUCUUCUAACAAAAAUGGUGGUCAAAGAAACAAUCAAGACUAAGAUCCCUUGCUGCGGUUAAGCCCGUGAUAUUCACUGAGCGGUUGUGUUGACUUUAUCCCUAUCCCGACAGACUCUUGCUUGUGCUAAUUGUUUUUCUGUAGAUUAGAGUGCACACUUUAUAGCAGGACAACCAUUUGUGUUUGCAUUUUGUUAAGGCCUACCAUUGAACUUUGUAUAUACAAGAAAUGUCACAUUUUUUAGAGUGUUGUUGUGGAAGCACCAGGGCCUGUGACAGACAGAAGUGAUACUGUAGACAUAUGUGCUGUCUGAAGGAAGGCCCCUUGGAUUCUGACAUCACAUUUUAACCUGAAUGUCCCUGACUGCUUCACGAUUAGGAGGGCUGAUAGGUGAGGUGAUUCUGAGGGACCCAGUGGCUGUUCACGCAUUCUUUGGCACACUAGGAAGUUAAGUAGAUGCUCAUUUUCAGUCCUUUGAGGGGACAGGUGAUAUGAAGGCCAGGGGGUAAAAAAAUUCACUUUGACAUAGGGUACACACUGAAGAAAUGUCAUUACAGUUUAUUACAUUAGAAACCAGUAGACACUGGCAUGCAAUUUUUGGUAUUUUAAGAGGUUCAGCCAUUUGAACCAUCGGACCUUGCUGUUAAUUUUGCAUUCUGAAGCGAAGUUUGUAGAAAGUACUAGUAUUUGAGAAGUCUGACAAAAACCUGACUUGUCCCUGCAUUUGAAGACUCUUGCCUGGUGUUCUCUGUAACAGGACGAAACAGUGUCUCACCUUUGACGUUUUUGAGAAAUGUAAACUCAUCCAUUCAACUGGCACAAAUAUAUGAUUGAUGUGUCACACACACAUACAUAUAUAUAUAUAUGUAUAUACACACACAUAUACACAUGUACGAUGACUUUAUGAAUUCUGUGUGAUGUAAAAAUCUAUGUAAUGUAAAAGCAGGUAUAAACUGUUUGUAGCCGUGAACUUUACUUUCCAUUUUUUUGUGGUGCUGCAGAAAUCCAGGCCUUGCGCCCACUCGCCACGUGCUCUACUUAGCACAUCCAAGCUCCGCACAUCAAAGCUCUCUGCGGUGUGUUCCCGUUCUCCAUAGCGCCGUGGACUUUGGGUGAUUACUGCAAAGCCAGUCUAGAGUUGACCCACCCUGGAGCCUAAGGCAUUAUUCCAAAGGUGCAGAGCUGCACCAACUGCUUGGUAAAGUGUCUGUCACUGGGAUGUUCUGCCUCCAAACUGGACAGACACCCGUCUUCUCUUGUAGAUUUAAGUGAAGACAAUAGCGGACUGUUAGGUCUUGCUGGUGCUGUCUCCUUGGGACAUUCGGAUGUAUAUAAACAUUGUAAAACUGCUGUGUAGCAGUUUCUGUGUUAACGCUGAUCACCUGUAACUGUAACCUUAGUACUUCCACACUGCAUCUGUGAGUUUCUCUUUGUACUGUAAACAGGCCUGUGUAUGUAAAGGCUGUGAUCAUAUCAGUAUCAGUUUUGUUUAUCAAGGCCAGUGGAUCUUAAGAGAAUACAGUGGAAAGAGCCUUAGCCCACACAGCUCCAGGGUCUGACCUGACUGAGGCAGAAAGGGAAUGAAAAAAAGACACACACGCACACGCACACGGAAGCUGGGGUUGUGUAGACUGGGUUGGAGAAGCCCAGAGGUGGUGCUACAGUAUGCAGAUAAACAAGGAGGAAGCAUUCGUGAUAUACUGCUGGAUCAAGGAGACAGGUUUAAUCUCUGUGAGAACAAUCCCUGUAGGGAAGCUUCAGGCUAUAAAUAUCAGGGGGUGGGGGUCAGGGAGCUAAGGUGAACAUGUCCUACACAUACCACCAACACUCAUACUCAACCUAGGAGGGCUUUGCCAUUCUCUCCUGGGUCCAAAACAAGGGUCCUUGAUAUGGCAUCCACUCCAGACUUCCUCUGCUCCCUACAGUAUUGAGGUGAACUGAGAUGUUGUAUUGAAGAGAAACAGACCAUCAAUGGCAGGUGUAAAUGUGUACCUUAACUGUUAAUUUGUGGGACCCCUUUGCUCUUGUCUAUUUAUGAAAUAGGGAGUGCUCUCAAAUAGACCAUAAUCUAAAAAGAAAAAACAAAAAUUAACUGCUAGCCUAGACUUCCUCGGACAUCCGCCCAGAAAGUGUUCUAUUGCUGUGCUACAUCUGCAGCCUGCCCACCCAGGCCAGAGCUGAGGCACAUCAGAGGAUCACAGGCAUCCCCAGAGGGUGUGUGUAUGUCUGCUGGGUAGCUCAGAAUUCAUUUGAAAACCCCGUUCAAAAAAGCACUUCUAUUGUGUAUAAAGGGGGUUUAGUCUGGGGUAGAGUGUUUGCAACACAAGACCCUGGGUCUAGUCCCCAGUGGAGUGCGUGUGUGUGUAUAGGUAGGUGUAGUCAUACUCAAAGAAUUCUAUGGUCCUAAAUAUUUUUAAAUGUUACUUAGGGCUGGAGAGAUGGCUCAGCAGUUAAGAACACUUGUUACUCUUGCAGAGGACCUGGCUUUGAUUCCCAGCACCCACGUGGCAGCUCAAACUGUAGCUUCAGUCCCAGGAUAUCUGACUUCUUACCCACAUACAUACAUGCAGGCAAAACCUUCAUACACUUAAAAUAUAUGUUUAAGAAGGAAUGUGCUUUACCAAUAAAAGUUUGUAUGGAACAGAACUUGGUAUCCCUUCAUGUGUAGCUGGAGAGGAACCAUGAUGAGCGGAGCGAACAGCUCACAGUGCCAACUGCUGACACAGCAGCGACCUAGCUCAGGCUGCUUUCUGACAGGAGUGCCUGUAGGGUUUCUCUGCAGUUUCUGUUGUGGCUAAAUACACUGGUUUGCUGGAGAGUGCCUGAAAUUAGCCUAGAUGCAUUAGCAGGCUGAUGCAUAACAUCAGACAAAAGUCCUUCAGAUCGGCAGGAUUUUUACCAUUUUGCUGUGGCUCCUGCCCUGGCCUCUAGCCGCUUUCCCAAGCAUACUGUAGUACUGUAAAGGCAUACAGUCUGUCCUAAGACAAUACGACCACCAUGUGGUUGAGCAAACACCCCAAAAGGCUGUUCAAUGAAGUCCUGUCUGCCUGGAGAUGGACACGCUUCAUUUUUGGCAGCUGUGAUAUUAGGCUAAAAUAUUCCAGGUCCCUUUCUAGCUCAUACUUAAGUCAUGACACACAUGCUCUGUAGUGAAUCACAAGUUCAUAAAAGGAAAGUGUUGGGGCCUGGCACUGCAAGAGCAAAAGUCUAGUAAGUAGCAGUCGUUUAACGGCAUACUGUUUCUGGAAGGCUAAAGAUUUGUAAUCUAUUGUCUUAGGGUUUCUAUCCUGCACAGACAUCAUGACCAAGAAGUUAGUUGGGGAAGAAAGGGUUUAUUCACCUUACACUUUCAUGUUGCUGUUCAUCAGCAAAGAUAGGACAGGAGCUCACACAGGGCAGGAAGCAGGAGCUGAGCAAUGCUUCACUUGGGAGGCUGAGACGGGGCACAGAGCCAGCCCUUCAGCGCUAUCAGAGGGAAACCUCAUCCCAGAGGCUGGAGGGAUGGCUUACUAGUUACUCUUCUUAGUGUUAUUGCAGAGGUCCUGAGUUUAGUUCCCAGGUCAGGUGACUGCCCUUAACUUCAAGAGAUCCAAAGCCCUCCUCAGGCACCUGCACACACAUAGUUUAAAAUUAAUCCUUUUCUUUUCAAAGGAAAAAAAAGACCUCUUUAUUUUACUAAAAAACAUUUUAUUGCUGAAAAGUACUCUUCACCCUGUUGAUGUUUUAGAUUUUGUUAGUAAAGCUAAGACAACAUUUCAGAAGUGAAAGCGUCCAGGGAUAUGAACAUCUUGGAUUUUAAGUGCAGUGUGCUUUGUGACUACCUAGCUUAGAAGACCUGAGUGAGCACUCCCCCAGGUAGGUCUGUGGUCACUUCAUAGGGAACAUACUUUUAGAAGCUGCAGGUCACAGCAGGCCUGCACAGGUACUUCUGUAUUGUGUUCAGGUGCUGAUUCACUGGCCACUGAGGAAAGCCUGACUUACACUGACUUCUUAGCCCGCUAGAAAUAUAAAAGCCACCCACAGAGUGUCCUUUAUAGGGAGACUGUCUUAAUUUGGACUGUGUGGAAAGUGAAGCACACAGUGGACUUCACUUCUGCUUUUCAUUGGUCACAACAGGUACUCACAGGAUGUCUAAGUCAGCAUUGUUAGCCAUAGACUGAUGGGACAUCUUAUAUUUAGGAAACGUUUUCCAUGUUGAUAAAGUUUCCUAAGUGAAGCCAACUGACUAUGAAUGUCAGCCAUGUCUAAAGCUUACCUAUAGAAGCAGGGGACUUGUGCCAUGAGUCAACAGUCUUCGGAGAUAGGACAGAUACACUCCUUUAUUUGUACAGUUGCUUGUGAAGUACUGUUGCAGCAAGCUCAUACUGUAAUCAAUAAAGUACUUUUCACCAUG